GGAUGCUCUAGUUCGAUGGAAAGUCUUGAAGAGGAGGAACUGUCGUGAUCUAUUACCACUCUUCAUGAGCAGGAUGAGUCCAGACGGCUAACGGCACCUCCGGCCUCUCCCAUUGCAGCCGACUGAGGAGACAACCCCACGAAAGAGAUAUCCUGGUUGAACACUAAGACCAACAUUGUAGCGAAAUGCGGGGUAGCGGCGCCGUCUCAAGUAUUUAGCUCUUUUCCCAGGUUGCAGAUGCAUCUAGACAGGCUCGGUUAUCUUAAAAAGGUGUUCAUAUUCGUUUCUCUGACCCCGACGCGUCACAAUUCCCCCGGCAUACUGAUAUCAUCGACCAAUGGAGACUUUUCAACGGAGCAAACUUCUGCAUCUGUAGACUGCAUCAUCGGCCUCGGUUUCAGAUGCCGGCAGAACCGGCACUUGUGAGGAUUUGCUUGUUCCUGCAAGGUGUCUUGUUUGUUUCUCUGGCCAUUCAGAGCUGGCGGAAAGGUGGCAUGAAGCUUUGCCGAGGUCGUGCUUUGGUUUCUUGUCUUGUCAUUGCGCCUGAUGAAGGAUACGCAUGAUGGGUGUCUGGAUUGGGAAGAGUAUGCGAGUCUACUGGCAGGGAACCUGCUUCAGCUUACAGGACGAGAGGGUUGUUGGUGGGAUUUUCCGGAAAGGAGGACGAGGAGAGUCCUCUACUUUGCUAUGACAUGCGAGGUGACUGCGUCAAUUCGUACUGCAGCGGUUGAACUGGGCGUUUCAGGGUGAUUGGGGGCUGGGUGCCCGUG